AUGGCUAAUAAUCAUUUUGAAGGGCCGGCCAACUUCUGUGCACAUGGAAAUCUUUGGUUUAUAGAUCUUUCUGAGAACAAUCUUAGAGGCUCAAUAUCAUCUUGCUUCAGCCCAGAGAGAUUGAAUUAUGCACAUUUUCAAAAGAACCAACUUAAAGGACCCAUGACAGAAGCCUUUUCUAAAAGCACUAAUUUGGUGACAUUGGACAUAAGUGAUAACUUCAUAAAUGGUAGUCUACCAAGAUGGAUUGUUAAUCUAUCAUCAUUGAGAGUUCUUUUGUUGAAGGGAAAUCAUUUGGAAGGUAACAUUCCCAUCCUGUUGUGUCAUCUGAAUCAAAUAAGUAUAUUAGAUCUUUCUCACAAUAAUCUCUCCGGUCCUAUACCUUCUUGCUUGAGUAACAUUACAUUUGAAAGGCUCAAAGAUCCAAAUGGUGCAAAUGGCCAUAAAUUUGAUGUGGAAAUUUAUAGAGGUACAGUAACUUCAUUUUCUUCAGAAUAUGUGUACAAGAGUAGGCUCGUGGAAUUUCAAUUCCUCCAAUAUUAUGAUGCCUUUAAAAAGGUAGAGGAACAAGUGGGUUUCACAACAAAAAGGUCUGACUUUUGUAAGGGCAUCAAUCUUGAACUCAUGCUUGGAUUAGAUCUCUCAUCUAACCAAUUAACAGAUCACAUUCCACCUGAACUUGGAAAGUUACAGGAGAUCCAUACAUUGAAUCUAUCUCACAACCAUUUAAGUGGAAGCAUACCAACAACCAUUUCAAAUUUGACGCAAUUAGAGAGCUUGGACCUUUCUUACAACAAUUUGAUUGGGACGAUUCCUCCACAGAUAACUGAACUACGUACCCUUUUUGGGAACUUUCACGGUGGCACAUAA